AAUAAGAUAAUUUAUGUAUGUAUAAAAACAUUAAAAAUGAUUUAUUUGAAACAUCAGUGAUACCAACUUCAUUGUUUUAAGCGUCAUCUUAACUUAACCUCAAAAUCAUCGAAAAUUUAAUUUCAAUAAUAAUUGUAAUUUAGUAACAAAAAUGAGUUCAAUUAAUAUCGUUGAUAACCAUCAGCAACAACGACUAAUGGAAAUGUGUGUAAAUGCAUUAAAAAUUUGCGCGAAAACUGUAAAUGAAAAUUUGGAAGGUGACGAAAAAGAUAAUUUUUUGUCUGAGUUAGAAGAUGAUUGUUGUCAUUACAUAAUGGAAGAUAUUAAGAAUAAAUGCUGUAAACAAGCUUUAUCAUUAACGAUACCAGAAAUGGAAUCCCAAGAAAACGAAGGAUUUGAUAUCAAUAAUUUUUACGAUAAAGCCUUUAAUGAUUUAAUUGGUACAACUAAAACGAAUUUUAAUGAGCACGAUUUUAUGAAAGAUUUUCGAAGGACUGUGGGUGAUACAAGGAAAAGAAUAGAAAUUGAUGAAAGCUUAAUUGACGCUACUCAAUUUCACGUUCCCGUUGACCCAAUUACAAAGCUUUCAAUACGAAAUCCUUGGAGAAAUAAAAUUUGCCAACAUAUUUUCGAUAAAGAUACUAUUUACAGUUAUUUGGACUCGAAAAAAUCGAUUAAAUGCCCUUACAUUGGGUGUACAAAUACAAAGUUGUGCCUAAAUGAUAUGGUUUUGGAUCAAGAAUUAUUACAAAAAAUAUUGAAUAGUUCCGGAAAUGUUUCUAACUUGAAUGAUACCGCAAAUACUAUUAAUGUUGAAUAAUAAAUUACUCUAAAUCGU